CAUUUCCGGCGUGCGCGUCCCAGGCUCUUGACACUACGUCUUAUUGUGCCCAUACGGGAUCCUGUGAAAGUGGCGCUGGAUCCAUGGAGGCCGCUCAGCUGUCCCCCCAUGAUGGGGAACGGCCCCUUGAUCCAGAGACCCUGGAGGCCAGGCAUACGGACCCCACUGGCGGGAAUGAGGCCGCCUGUCAUGGCGAUGGCGGGACCCAGGGACCCUAUGUUCCCGGGGUCACGAGGCUCGAGAAUACCGGGGCCAGGGAUGAUGAGACACCCAGGGAUGGGCAUACUGAGGGGCCCAGGAGUCCCAGGGCCACCAUUGAUGAGGGAUCCGAUGCCAGCAGGUCUGAGGGGCUCAAGGAUCCCGGGUCCUGGAGUGACCAGGGCUGUGGGAAUUCCAGGACCUCUAGCCAUCAGGCCUGCGGGGAUCCCAGGGCCCCGAGCAAUGAGGGGCCCCGCACCGAUAGUCAUGAGACCUCCACGUCCAGCCACUCCAAGGGGACCAGUCCAGAUGCCAGUGAGGGGCCCCGGAAUGAUGAGACCACCGGUAGGCUCAGGUCCGGCUGCUCUAAGGGGACCAGUCCAGAUGCCAGUGAGGGGUCCCGGAAUGAUGAGACCACCGGUAGUCUCAGGUCCGGCUGCUCUAAGGAGACCAGUUCAGACACCAAUGAGGGGCCCGGGGAUCCUGGCGCCUUCUCCAGCCACAGUGAGGAACCUGAGAAUGGGCCCAAUGAUGCCAGGGGCAGUUCCCCAGACCAACGGCUUACCGGGUCCAAUGAACCUCAGGGGAUCCAUUCUGCCAGGGGGGCCGAUGAGGGGCCCGAUGUUGCUAGGGCAACGGAGUCCUGUGUUUCCAGGUCCAAGGACCCCACAGAACAACCACAGGGAAAUGGGUCCAGGGGCAGCACCAUGGAGAUCUCCUCUAAGGGGGCCGAGUCCUUUAAGAAGCCCAUCGCUCCCAGCUGGAAUGAAAAGACCUUGGACCAACGUAGCAAACCCAGCUGCAGCGCCCCCAUCUCCCCGCAGUCUGUUCCACCCGUCAGCAGCGAAACGGCCUCGGAUCACAGCGCCAGGCUUCCCUCUGAUGCCUACCGAUCCAGCCCUGCCAUUCCGUAUCGGGAGCCUCCCUGGUCCGGGCUACCCCAGGCCCUUUACAGCUUGGAGGUAAUAAAGGGCGGCAGCAUCCUGUCAACCAAGAGCUUGAAUGGCGCCAGCUGGACUGUUUUCGGCAGACUCCCUACUUGCCACGUGUCACUUGAACACCCUUCUGUUUCCCGGUACCACGCUGUCCUGCAAUACCGGUCAGUCCCAGGGUCUGAGCCAGAUCAGGAACCUGGAUACUAUGUGUAUGACCUGGGUAGCACCCAUGGGACCUUCGUCAAUAAGCAGAGGAUCCAGCCCAAGACCUACUGCCGCGUCCGAGUGGGGCACGUGCUGAAAUUCGGAGGGAGCACCAGACUGUUCAUCUUACAGGGUCCAGAUGAAGAUCUGGAAGCAGAGUCCGAGCUCACCGUAACGCAGAUCAAGGAAGUGCGGCGGCAGAAGGAGAGUCUGCAGAAGAGGAUGCUGGGAGACGAUUCCGAUGAAGAAGACGGUCCCGAGGAGGGAGAAGAGAAGGAGCAGAAAGAUGGAGGAUCCGAAGGCGCAGGCUGCACGUGGGGGAUGGGGGAGGACGCCAUGGAGGAGGAGGAAGAGGAGAACGAUGUGAACCCUAUUGCUGUGGAAUAUCUGGCCGAGCGGGAAGCUUCGUACUCGGGGAAUCCAAAGAAGGCGCUUCAGGGAUUUUUCGAUAGAGAAGGAGAGGAGCUGGACUUUGAAUAUGAAGAGCGAGGGAUUGGGUCGUGGCUCUGCAGAGUGAAGCUGCCGGUGGACGAUUCUGCAGGGAAGCAGCUGGUGGCGGAGGUGGUGCAUUCAGGAAAGAAACGGGACGCCAUGAGGUUGUGUUCUUUAGAGGCCUGCCGCAUGUUGGACAUGAGAGGGUUACUACGCCAGGAGGCCGUAUCGCGUAAAAGAAAAACCAAACAGUGGGAGGACGAGGAUUUCUACGACAGCGACGACGACACUUUCCUUGACCGCACCGGAGUGGUUGAAAAAAAGCGGUUGAAUCGUAUGAAGAAAGCCGGGAAGGUUGAGGAGAAACCAGAAACCUACGAGUCCCUGACUGCAAAACUGGACCUCGUCGAAAAAGAAAUCACGGAGAUAGCGGCAAAGCUGAAAACAAAUCGACAAGAUGAAGCCCAGACGUCGGCCCAAGAUUCCCUGGACGCCUUCAUGACAGAAAUGAAAUCUGGUGCCGCUAUAGACAGCGUGACCCGCAAAAAGCUUCACCUACAGUCCUUGGAGCUGAAGAAGGAGCAGCAGAGGCUGAAGAGCCUGAUCAAGAUCGUCCAGCCGACCAAACUCCCUGAGCUCAAGACUGAUUCCGCUGCUCAAGACUCCAAAACCAAGAAGCUGACAUUACCAAUGUUCGGAGCGAUGAAAGGAGGAAGCAAAUUCAAGCUGAAAACGGGGACGGUCGGGAGGAUUCCCCCGAAACGGACUGAUCUCCCCUCUAGCCUGUUCACCAUGAAAGGCGACAGCAAUGAGCCUGAAGAAGAGGAGGAGGAAGAGGAAGACGAAAUACAAAUGGAUACCGCCAGCAAGAGCCACACAGAGCACAAAACGGCACCGAGCGGAUCCAUAGAGCAGAGCCCCGACCCUAGAACCAGCACCUGCCCCACUCAGGCUGCUGAUGUGGAAGAGAAGAUCCCAUGUAAAGAGCCAAAGAAAAAAACUGCGGCCCCUGGUGCUAGCCAUGGGGCCCCAAAUGUGCAGAGUCCUCCAGCUGCUGAAACCAAGGAGGAGGAAGCAGCCCGUAAGACUACCACAGUGAGACAGAGGAAAAUGCUGGGCCCGAGCCGGCCGCCCCAAGGAGUCUCGUCAGCCAGUUAUCCUGAAGACAAUCCGGACUAUUGUGUGUGGACCCCACCUGCAGGGCAAACGGGAGACGGAAAGACCCAUUUGAACGAAAAAUACGGCUACUGAUAUGAGGCCUGCAACUUCAUGAUGCCUCCCAGAGCAGGCUGUGGCCUAUAGCACUGGACUCCCCUCCUCCAGUACCCGGUGGGCACACACUGGUGUCUCAGACCCCGCCUGGCGCCAGCAGGUUCAACGGCUAUCGUCUCUGGAUGCUGCUGCGUCGCAUGAACAUCGGGUGCACGUCUACAGGUCAGGAUCUCCCCACUCUGUAGACUAUGGCGGCACAGGACCUGGACCCCCGACAGAUCACCUCGUACUGAGCCACCUCUACCC